CUUCAUUUCUGGAUUUCGUACCAAUUUACAGACGGGCAAAGGUCAGCAGACCACCAAUCAAUAUGGGAACUAUGUCUCUAAGCGAUUUCAAGGAGGUUAAAAUACCGGCACCUUGGGGUCACAUCUCCGGACGUUGGUAUGGUAAUCGAACGGAGCGACCGAUCUUGGCGAUUCACGGAUGGCUGGACAAUCUGGGAACCUUCGAUCGCUUGAUUCCCCUGCUUCCCGACUACAUAGGAGUGCUGUGCAUCGACCUACCCGGACAUGGAAGAUCCGCUCGCAUUCAGCCUGGAAUGCACUACGCCGUCAACGAUUACGUGUUAAUCAUUCCUCGAGUGAUGCAGGAGUACGGCUGGUCGAAGGUCUCAUUGAUGGGCCACUCAUUGGGUGGCAUCAUAAGCUUCAUUUACACAUCGUUGGCACCACAUACAGUGGACAUGGUCAUCUCACUGGACAUAUUGCUGCCCUGGACACCGAGCCCCAAAACGUUUAUUAAAACUUUGGCCCACAGCUUGGAAAAGCACCUGGUGGAAGAGGAUCGUCAGGAGGAGGGUAACCUGCACGAGCCUCCCUCCUACACCCUCGCACAGCUGAACAAGGUCCUCGCCAAAGGAAGUUACAACUCGGUGACCCCAGAGUUUGCCCAACACUUGCUUCACCGGCAGGUGUCGAAGUCGCAACUCUAUCCAGACAGAUUCUUCUUCUCCAGAGAUGGACGAGUUAAAUACUACAGCCUAACGCAAAUGGAACCUGGAUUUUCUGAGGCGUUGGCGAAGCGCAUUCGGAGAAAACCCUACUUGAUCAUUAAAGGGUCAAGAUCUGAUUUUGUGGGAGUUAGAACCGAGAAGGCGGUCGCCAUCUUACGCCACAACAAUCCGCACUUCGAGUUUUACGAGGUGGAGGGAGGUACCCAUCACGUUCAUCUUCAUGCCGCCGAGGAGUGUGCCCGCUACAUAGUGCCCUUCAUCCGACAUCACCGACCUCCGGCACUCACUUCUUGGUCCUUGAGUGGCAAGGAGCAGCACCUAAGUGCCGAGGAGAAGCGGCGACAGCAAGAAAGAUUCUUUAAAAGGAGCACACACGCAAAGAGCAAGCUGUGAUGUAUUUUAAA